GAGUUGUGAGUGCAAGGCUAGUACAGCUCCCUGGUUGUAGGCUACCACUUUUAUAGAUAUGAGGCUUAAACCAAACCAGGGUGUUUUAUUUUUGUGUCUCUUAUGGUUUUACAUUGGCCAAACAUGUGGUAUAAGCCUUGAAAUAGUGCAAAAAGACGAGCCACAUCAUGAGGAAAGGUCUGAGAAUAUUCAAACUGGGACAAUUACUUUUGGCACAGGGAAUAUUUCACUGGGUCGAAAUCUGGAAUAUGAGAGACGAUAUGUUGGAGAAAACACUACAGACGAUGGCUCCGUUAACGUUCAAGCCGACGAUCCAGGCCUGGUGGGUGGACAAAGCGGCACUCAUGACUUUAGGGCCUGGGAUCGUAUGCGACCAAAGUUAUUAUGUACUAAUGACCUCAUGAAGUUCUCUGCACAAGGCCCUGGCUGUUCUUCACUCCAGUUAGACAGCGGUGGCACACCUCUCUCACUACGCCAGCUACGUCGAGAGUGUGGCUACUCUGUGAAAAGGACUGCGGUGGGCCUCGUGCUUCUCGCCACUUUUGAUGGUUGUGAUGUUAUAAAACAGGGCAAUAGCCACUUGCUGCAGAUGUUGUGGCACGGCAAUCCAGUAACCCUCUCCUGCCCUGCAUCAAGCUCAGACCAAGCCUCUCUAGUUGUAUCCACUACUCCUGCUCCAACUACCAAGGCACCUUCUACAGCUGCUGAGCUUCCUCCACAGAAUCAACAGUGGAUGCAUCCCCUCUUUGGAGGCUACUACCCUGUAAUGCCUGAGAAUAUUCCCCCUCAAACUACUGUUGCACCAACUACAGAAGCACCUACCACAGCGGCUGAGCUUCCUCCACAGAAUCAACAGUGGAUGCAUCCCCUCUUUGGAGGCUACUACCCUGUAAUGCCUGAGAAUAUUCCCCCUCAAACUACUGUUGCACCAACUACAGAAGCACCUACCACAGCGGCAAAGCUUCCUCCACAGAAUCCGUGGAUGCAUCCCCUCUUUGGAAGCUACUACCCUGGAAUGCCUGUCAAGAUUCCCCCUCAAACUACUGUUGCACCAACUACAGAAGCACCUACCACAGCGGCAAAGCUUCCUCCACAGAAUCCGUGGAUGCAUCCCCUCUUUGGAGGCUACUACCCUGGAAUGCCUGUCAAGAUUCCCCCUCAAACUACUGUUGCACCUACCACAGCGGCUAAGCUUCCUCCACAGAAUCCGUGGAUGCAUCCCCUCUUUGGAGGCUACUACCCUGGAAUGCCUGUCAAGAUUCCCCCUCAAACUACUGUUGCACCUACCACAGCGGCUAAGCUUCCUCCACAGAAUCCGUGGAUGCAUCCCCUCUUUGGAGGCUACUACCCUGGAAUGCCUGUCAAGAUUCCCCCUCAAACUACUGUUGCACCUACCACAGCGGCUGAGCUUCCUCCACAGAAUCAACAGUGGAUGCAUCCCCUCUUUUGAAGCUACUACCCUGGAAUGCCUGUCAAGAUUCCCCCUCAAACUACUGUUGCACCUACCACAGCUGCUGAGCUUCCUCCACAGUGGAUGGUGGAUGGGUGGAUGCACCGUCGGUCUAGAGGCCACUGGGGUCAUCCUUAAGGUCAGUGAAGAAUCCCUCAAACUACUACUGCUCCAACUACAGAAGCACCUUCUACAGCUGGCCAACUUCGACAAAAAUCAAUUAACCACUUAUUACAGGUACCGUCGGUACCAUUUUCAACUGCACCCCAAAACAGUAGAUGCCCUACUCCAAACGUUUUAUUUUCCAACUCCUCAGUCUCUUUAUUCCAAUGGUUGUCAUUUAAUGCGUGUAUUAAAAAGUGUAUUUGAAA